AUGUCCCAAACCAAAAUCAAGUACAGCGAUCUGGAAGAGCUGCUGAAGAAUGACAACAAAGUCAAGGUAGCCGGCGUGGACGUCGACGGCAUCGUGCGGGGCAAGUACGUUUCCAAGAAAAAGUUUCUCUCUGCGGCCAAACCGGACUCGGACUUUGGCUUCUGCUCGGUCAUCUUUGGUUGGGAUAUGCACGAUCAGGUGUACCCCACCGAGCUGCUCGUCUCGAACAAGGCCAACGGAUACCGCGAUCUAUCGGCCAAGAUCGACUUGGACACGUACCGUCGUAUUCCAUGGGAGGACAAUUUGCCGUUCUUCCUGAUUCGCUACUUCAACGCGGAUGGCAGCGCGCUUGCGGUUUGUCCGAGGAACUUGCUUCGUUCGGUGACGAGCAAAGUGGAGGCUCAACUCGGAUUGCUCUGCAUGGCGGGCGCCGAGUUUGAGUACUUCCAGUUUGCCGAAACCGCGCAGACGCUCGACGACAAGCGAUUUGUCAAGCUCAAUGCGUUGACGCCGGGCAAUCACGGCUAUUCGAUGCUGCGAACUUCGCUGAACAAGGACUACUUUCUGCAGCUCUUUGACGCUGCCGAAGCGUUUGGGAUCGACGUCGAGGGUCAUCACACCGAGACGGGGCCGGGCGUAUACGAGACGGCGCUCGCGUAUACCGAGGUGACGCGCAUGGCGGAUAUGGCGGUGCUGUACAAGCUGCUUGCGAAAUCGAUCGGCAUGCAGCACGGCAUCACGCCUACAUUUAUGGCUAAGCCGUGGGCGAAUUUGGCGGGAUGUUCCGGUCACAUCCACGUCUCGCUUCGCGAUGCGUCGACGGGCAAGAACGUGUUUGGCCUGAGUGCCGAACAGAUCGCGGCUGGAGGACGUGCCGAUGCCGAGUACGACGAUGUCAAGUACCUUUCCGAAAUCGGAGAGCAAUUUCUGGCGGGCCUGAUGACGGGUUUGCCAGACAUCAUGCCACUGUUGUGCCCGACGAUCAACUCGUACAAGCGGCUCACCACGGGCGAGGCGUACUGGGCGCCCAACAUCUGUUCGUACGGCUAUGAUUCACGGCUUGCGUCGGUGCGCAUCCUUGGUCCGCCCGACGUGCCAGACUACGGUACACGCUUCGAGGUGCGCGUUCCCGGCGCCGAUCUGAACGCGCCGUACGCGUUUGCGGCCGUGUUUGCUUUGGGGCUGUACGGUAUUCAGAACAAGCUGAAACUGCCGUUUGCGCCCAUGGACGCGAGUCGGAGCGUCAAGGAGCAGAAGCUCGUCUACCUGCCCACCUCGCUCGAAGCAGCAACGCAUCGGUUCAUGCAUGCGCACAGCCUCGCCAGGAAGGUGCUCGGCGAUACGCUUGUCGAUCACUUUGGCGGCACACGUCUGCACGAAGUUAGCUUGUUCAACCAGACCGUGACCAACUGGGAGAUGGAGAGGUACAUGGAGUUGAUCUGA